AAUUUUUUUUUUCUCAACUAUUUUAAAUUUUGCAUUUUGAGAAUCUUUCUGGUUCAACACUGCCACCACUUCCGGCGGUCAUUUCCUCCUAUUUCCGUCGACGCCAAGGUUCCGUCGCCGGUAACCUCACUGUCUCUCGCUCUGCCUGCAUCUUAACGUUUACUCUUUAUGCUUCUGGAUCGAUUUCUUUCCGUUACUGAAACCAAAGAUCGAAGGCAAGGUGCUUGAUCUUCUGAGUUGUUGGUAAAAUGGUUUCUUUUGAGAUGAAUGAUCGAAAGAAGGUUGGAUUAGGGUUAACUGGCUUUGGUAUAUUUUUCUCAUUCCUUGGGGUUAUCUUCUUCUUUGACAAGGGAUUGCUAGCCAUGGGAAACAUCCUGUUUGUUUCUGGAGUGUCCCUAACCAUUGGGCUGAAGUCCACUAUGCAAUUUUUCAUGAAACGAAGUAAUUUCAAGGGGACAAUCUCUUUUGGUGUCGGGUUCUUUAUUCUCAUAAUCGGGUGGCCUAUUUUGGGCAUGAUUGUUGAGUCCUACGGAUUCAUCAUACUAUUCAGUGGAUUCUGGCCUACACUGGCCGUUUUCUUACAGAAGAUUCCUGUUCUUGGUUGGUUGGUUGAACAACCAUAUAUUCGAUCGCUGUUUGAUCGCUAUAGAGGCAAGCGAGUGCCCGUGUAAGACAGGAAUCUAUGGAAACAUAAUGUAACUGCUAGCAGGUGCAUUUGUAAGUCAAUGUAAAGAAAAUUCUCUAGUAUGGAUAUCUAACUGAAUUGAGUUCGCUUUUUGAUGGUAGAAAAUGAUUAUCAUUUCAUCAUGAUACUCAUUCAAUGGAAAGGAAAAUUGCAAAGGGAAAAGGUUUUCACUUUACUGCUUGUUUGGCUCAUAUUGAUUGUAUUACUUGGUGGGAAAUCAAUUGAUAUGGGGAGUGGUGAUCAGCUCCAUCUACUUUACGAUUCCAAUCAGAAACAUUUGGAGGUUUCCACGCCAAGUAUCAUCCUUUUGCCUUUUGUUCACACUCAUAAAAGGAAUAUAAUGUCAUUGCAGCAAUAUAGAACUCUUUUCUUUCUUCCCUAUUUUUUUUUCUUUUUUCCAGAUUUUAGGUUUCUAAUGUGAGAUAGAUUCGGUGGAAGUCUGCAAUGUAAUUUACUCUAAAUAUUGCACCUUUGCCUACCAUGGGAUAUUUUGUUUCUUUA